GGCAAAAAAAAAGAAAAAAAGAAAAAGAAAAACAGGCGUCACCUACACCCUUCACCAACUACAUUGGACGUGCCUUCUCUAUUGAGUAAUUAGAUUCUGAGAACAAACAUCUCCUUCAUUUUUCGUCAGUUUCUGAGAUUCCAAACGCACAAUUAACGCACAAAUUGAGAGUACUAAACAACACACGUCCUAUUAGGGCAGAUCUGAAUAAGGAACAGCGAGGCGCCGAGGCCAUCCGCAGUUAGGGAGCUGGCCGGCAUCGGGCGUGACGCCGAUGGCGGAGACUCGAGAGAACUUACGGUCACCUUCUUCUUCUUCGAGUUCAAGUGAACUUUCUGUGAAGUUUGAGAGCGGAAUUGGUGGUGUAAGUAUUAGCGAAGGUAAAGCAGGGCGAUCUUGCACCCAUUAAACCCCUGGGCCCAACUUAGCCCAAUAUAUUAUACAUAUACACCUUACGACUUCAUUCUGAAAUUCCGAAAAACGCAAAAAUGGUGAAACCUUCAGCCACUGAAACUCCUUCUUCUUCAUCGCAUUCGGUGUCUCCGCUACAAACAUUUUUAGUCCACCUGAUUUGUGGAGUUGGCUUAGGUGCCGGAUUCUGGGUGGCCCACAACAUCUAUUCCAUCAAUCUCGUCUCUCAUCCUUCGGGCACUCUCCGUCUGAUCUGGGCUAUCGAGAGCCCAAUUGUUAUUCUUCUUUACAGCUGUUUGCGGAAAAAUCCCGACAAAUCCUCGUAUUUCAAAGCCGUGGUACGAGGCCUACUGGGACUCCCUGUUGGGGCUCUUGUAAAUGCUUUAGGAGCUAUUGCUUUGGGUGCACCUGUGGGUAUUCAGUAUAUGACAAAUACCUUUGAUUAUUCUCUUUUAAUGUCACUGUUCACUUUUGUGCCUGCUGCUUCGGUAUAUGGUUCAUUGUGGGAAGAUUGGCGACGUAUAUUCGCACAUACAAAGCCAAAUGGAUCUGUAGAUUAUAUGAUUUGUCUACCAGCGCAUGGAGCUGUUAUUGGAGCUUGGUUUGGCGCUUGGCCAAUGCCGCUUGAUUGGGAGAGGCCAUGGCAGGAAUGGCCGAUUUGUGUGAGUUAUGGAGCCAUGGCAGGGUAUCUGAUCGGAAUGGUGGCAUCUUUUGGCUUUUUACUCAUUCGUGGAAGACAACAGCAUCAAAAAGGAGACUAGCUGUCAAGUAAUUAUCAAUUAAUAGUCGAGUCAAGUAUGUGUUCUUGGAUUUUUCUCAGAAAUAGAGCUGCUUUUGUUUUUCACUAAAGUAUGAUUUGUUUUAGUGGCCAGGGCUUGUCUUUUGGUACAUUCUUGUUGGGGCUUAUAGUUAGUCCAAUGCAAACAUACACAGUUUUCAAUAAUACAUGAUGACAAUUCGAUGGC